AUGACUUCCACUCCAACGCAGGACCCUCUGCACACGGCACCAUCUUCGCCGUUUCUAUCUCAGCAGCCCUUCCCUGGUGCCGUGUCCGCCGUCCUCCAGCCACGCCCAACUGUCAUGGAAAUCCCACCACCCUUGCCGCGACCUAGCUUUAUAUUACACACAGACGGUAGGCCCACGGAUGAUGCCAACUUGGUGUAUUCGGAAUGGAUUCUCAAGCUAGACGAGGCUCUCAACGCCGGCAUGUCGAGCCCGCAAUCUCAUGAUCUCCAGCAGUCUCGUCGAGUGAUAUUGUCCGCCGCCUGCCACCGCCACGAUAUUUUCUACAUCGUUAUGCAUCAGAGAUAUUGCACUUGGUCACGUAAUAAACUUGACGCUUACAACCUCAUGUACUCAACUGCACCUGCUGCCAUAGAUCGGGGGUUUGCUGCGCUCUCGGUGCUACUUAAAACCAACGACGCUCUUUCGCCCACGCACCUCGAGUGGUUUGUCGACUUUCCCACUUCAACUUUUGACUCCUUCCUUCCUGCGCCAAUCCUGGCUUCUAUCACCAAACAGAUCAUCGACUUCAUCUUACUCUUUGCCGCGCACUGGCAAGACCUUCGAACGCGCAUCGUCCAUCGCGGAUUUCCCGUUCUCACUUGGGAAAUGAGAACCAUACUUCGAUGCUCGUCAAUCACGGUCCAGGAUCUCAUUUUUACCCUCAGUCGUCGCCUCUUAGGCUGCCCGGAUGGCCCCUUGGCAACCGCCUUUGCCGACCUCUUAAACCGCGACCGGGCCGUUGAGUCGGCCAUGUUCCAGAACCCUGUUACUCCAGAGUAUGCUCGGCACAGUAGAAAUGAAUUGACGAAGGCCUAUAUUACUCUCGUCUCACGAGUUCGUUCUCAGAUGCGCAAUAUGUCUCCCAUGCCUCACGCGUCGCCGUCUCCAGGGGCUCCCGCGGCUACAGCGCCAACUGCGCAGAAUAACUAUCAAAUCCCAAUGAAAACGCCUGUUUCACGCUCCGUUGCAUCUGAAUCGCGUACCCUCAACUGGUCCCCGCGGAAUCAGCACUCCCAGUGCUCCCCAGUGCUCAACACAAAUGGUUCUUCGACAAACCAGGGAAUACGCCAGCCGGGCCCGUCAAUGCCUAGCGCUGCAGGUAGCCCAAACAUGAUGCAAUACGCCUGUCAACCAAUCGCCUCAUCUCAAGCCCAGCCUCGGGACUCGCCGGUAUCUAUGGCUCAGCAUGGCCGGCCCGCCGUGCCUCGGGGCAAUGUCGCAACUCCAAACCUGACUGCGCGCUUGGAUCCGGCACCUGGCAAAGUCGCCCGACGAAUACCCGAAUCAGAAUAUCCGCAGAACGCCUAUGGCCUGGCUUCUCUUAAAGCUGGGUUGCAUCUAUCGCGGCAGCGUAGCCCCAGACGAGUGCCCCUUGACAUUAAGCACAUACGGUACUUUCAGCAUGUCGACAAGCUCAUUGUUCAGCCGACAAACCUAGACGUGAGCAUACAUUUGACAGAGAUCAAAUUCUCCCUCUCUGAAGAGCAACUUCAGAUCCUCCCUAUGUGGCAAACCGAGUCCGACCUCUGGAGUCUACCAAUCGUGAGAUUUGCAAACAACGCUCUUCGAUUCAGGGUGCGCGUGUGUCGAUUUCCAAAGGCAGACCCUGAACCGGAUUUGCCGGCCGAGAUGACUUGUGAUGUAAAGGCCGGUUACAACGAGCUCCGCGUUAGCUUGCCUUUGCUGUCUACGAGUGAAAGCGGCUACAACUACUUCAUUGCGGUCGAGCAAGUAAUUGUCCAGGCUUAUGUCACAGUGUGGAGGAGCAUCCAUAACCAUCCGCAUAUUUCUACAGAUGCGACGUUGGAAAUAAUUCGGCACCGUUUUGAGCUGUGCGGCAGCGGCGAGGUUGCUUUGGUUGGUAGUACCUCAAACGUCUCGAUCUGCGACCCCAUCAGCUCAAAGAUGUGCAAUACGCCUAUCCGCAGUAUCAACUGCAAACAUCUGGAGUGCUUUGAUCUCGAAAACUGGCUGCAAUCGCGGCCAAACAAACCCGGAUCCGAACAGAACGAGCCAUGCCAGGUCGACUCCUGGGCCUGCCCAAUUUGCCGCAGCGAUGCGAGACCAAGCCAGUUGCGCAUUUGCGACUACUUUUCUGACGUGGUGAAGCAGUUGCGCGAAUCAGGCCGAUCAGACACGAGAACGAUUGUGAUGAGUGAGAAUGGCGAGUGGCAGCCGCUCAAUGAAACACAGCGGCGAGAAAGGGCAUCGCAGGCAGGUGGUUCGCUAAUACCGAGAAAUGUAGAGGUUGUUGAGAUUUUAGACGAUUAG